CUAGAUCAGAGAGCGGCAUCGGCCCAAAAUUUUCCCUCCUCUCUGGAAACGCAGUCCCUUGAUUUGCUGCAUCUAUCUCUCUGCUUGUCUCGAUUUCUACAAUCGUCUUAGUAGAUUCAGAUAUUCUCGGUGGUAUACAUCUAUGGCUUUUCUUUCCUUUGCUGGGAGACUUCUCUUCGCCUCGGUCUUCAUUCUCUCUGCUUGGCAAGAAUUUAAUGAAUUUGGUACAGAUGGUGGGCCAGCAGCAAAGGCAUUAAGACCCAAAUUCAAUGUUUUCUCGAACCAUGUGAGAUCCCAUACAGGGAUGGAACUACCACAAAUUGAAAUGAAGAUUAUAGCUGCUACCGCCAUCACAUUGAAGGGCAUUGGAGGCCUCCUCUUCAUAUUUGGCAGCAAUCUUGGAGCUUCUCUUUUGCUUCUGCAUCAAGCUCUCCUGACUCCCCUUUUGUAUGAUUUCUACAACUAUGAUGCCGACAAGAAAGAAUUUCAUCAACUUUUUACCAAGUUCACUCAGGAAUUGGCGCUGUUGGGAGCAUUACUCUUUUUCAUAGGCAUGAAGAACUCGACUCCAAGGAGACAACUCAAGAAGAAGCCGGGCAAAACAAAAUCAGCAUGAACAAGGGGUGAUCUGAUAGCUGCUAUUCGAAGUUCUGUUGUAUGGCUGAUUUUUUUAUAUUUCGUGUGAAAGUUAGUUUUGUUAUGGGUUGUAUCAGACUAUCAGGGCCUCAUAUUUUGUAGGGUUAGCUAAUAAAGAGGGUUUUUAUCUGCUCUGAUAAUGUUGUAUCAUCACCCAUUGUGCUAGUUACGGUUAUUGGAGUACUCCAUUGUAACCGGAGGUUGCAGGUGUUGUUACUUUCGAGCAACUGUGCUUCGCAUGACAAAAGAGCCAAUGAAUUCAAACUCUAUUUUACCUCUCUCA